CCUGAACGCGUGUCUACGUUGUAUAAUUCGCGUGGUCCUUGCACACAGGAUGGAUGAUGUCGAAAAGAGCGCAGUGGCGGAGUCCGAUGCCACUGAGACUGCACUCUGCAAUGAGAGAAAGCCUUACGAUGAGACGACUCCUCUCGAAGAGACGUCCCCCAUGGUGACACAUCCCCCCAUGACGAGACGUCCCCAUGGUGACACAUCCCCCCAUGAUGAGACGUCCCCCCAUGGUGACACAUCCCCCCAUGACGAGACGUCUGCCCAUGGUGACACAUCCCCCCAUGGUGACACAUCCCCCCAUGGUGAGACGUCCCCCCAUGGUGACACAUCCCCCCAUGACGAGACGUCCCCCAUGGGGACACAUCCCCCAUGGUGACACAUCUUCCCAUGGUGACACGUCCCCCCAUGAUGAGACGUCCCCCCAUGACGAGUCGUCCCCUGUGGUGAGAUGUCACCUAUAAGGAGAUACAUCCUUUCGAAGAGACGAGGACCCGUCGUAAGGAGACGAGGCCGCCGCGGGAGCUCACCAGGAGGCUGAUGGACGACACUCUGGGCUUCGCGAGGCUCAUGCAGGACGACUACGGGACUCGCGGAGAGCGUCGCCACGCCGACGCGUCUGCAAGCGUUUCGCCGACGCCAUAUGCGCGAUCGUCGCGACGAUCAUGAUCCUGCCGACGAUGCACGCGGAGGUGCGCGCCGACGAGAACCUCUACGACAGCUUCCCCACGCUGCUGCGAAGGUGUUCGUGUACGCGCUGUGCUUUCCUGACGGUCGUGCAGGUGUGGGCGAGCCACGCGCGCAUGCUCGACCUCGUCGCCCACGCCGACGACCUCGUCGUCCUGCUGAACCUCGCGCAGAUGAUGGCCGUCACGUUCCUGCCGUUCGCGUUCACGCUGCUCGCUCGAUUCUCCGCCGACAUGUUCGCUGUUAUUCUCUACGCGGGGCUGUUCGCCGUCGUCGACCUCCUGCAGAUGGCGCUGGUGUGGCACGCGUUCCGCAGCCCUCGACUGCUCAAGCGCGACGUCCGCGAGCACGCGUUCCGCGAGCUGAUCGCCAGCGCCCUCUACUGGAGCUCGGGCACGCAGCUGCUGCUGUGCGUGCUCGCGAUCGCGCUCGCCGUCGCCACGCCGACCGCCGCACUCGUGCUGCUCGUUCGUGCGCUGACGACCAGCUUCGCCGACGCCAUAUGCGCGAUCGUCGCGACGCUCGUCAUCCUCGACAUCUCCGAGCGCGACGUGCCGACGGCGGACGAGGUCGCCGCCGCCGGUGGCCUGCUGCCCGCGCUCGCCGACGCCGCUCCCGUGUUUGUCGCGUACGCGGGCACGUUCAUCACCGUGGCGACGCUCUGGUUCCUGCAUCACUCGCUGCUGGCGGGCGUGCGGUGCGUCGACGACGCCAUGCUCAUGUUCAACACGCUCUCGCUGUUCGCGAUCGGACUGCUGCCGCUCGGGUUCAAGCUCGCCGGCGAGUUCGUGAUGCGUCCGCGCGGCGACGACGCGCCGGUGAGCCCCCGCGACGUGCGUCUCACGAACGAGAUGAUCGCGAUCCAGAUGAACUGCGCGUGCGUGUUCCUCGGCGCCACCUUCAUGGCGUGCGUGUGGAUCGCGGCGCUGUGCCGCCAGGGGGAGCAGCUGCUGGAGCCGGAGAUCGCGUUCGGCGGGCGCAGCCACGGCCACCUGGCGGCGAAGCUGGUCGUCUACCCCGUCGUGACGCUCGCCGUGUUCUUCGUGAGCUUGCAGCGCGGCGCCGUGACGAUCGCGUUGUUCUUUGGAAUGCAGCUCGCGGUUCCUCUCGUCUUUCUCGGCAUGAAGAUCUUUGCGAUGUUCCUCGAGUACAGGACGCGAGGCAUGAGCGUCGACAGAUCGGAAUUCGACGCGAGCAUGUCUAGUGCGGCGGGAAUACUGUGAUACCGGCACAAAUCCGCAAGAAGGUCACCCAGAGUAGACGAUGCAAAGCUGAUUUCAAAAGGAAUGACACAGAGAGUAGGUGAUGCAAAGCUGAAUUCAGUGGAAGUGUCAUCAAGAGAGUAGACGAUGCAAAGCUGAAUUCAUAAAGAAUGACACUGAGGGAGUAGGUGAUGCAUUAUCGAAUUCGACAGGAGGCAGGAAUGUCACCGAUAGAUAAUUGUGGAAACAACAACAAGUAUGAUUUGAUAGACUGGAAGUUUUUCAAGAUGGCAAGCUAUUGCAAGAACUGUCUGAAUACAGAGAGCAAGAUUACAUGUGACAUAGUGAAUAGAGUGAUGCUGCUGAAAUAGUAUGAACAUAUAGAGCAGAAUAGAAUUUGUGUUAUGAAGAGAUAGUGAGCAUAGACAUGAGAAGUUGAGGCAGCAAAAUUAUGUACACGCUAGUCUUUUUUUAUUUCAGUUGCAGAGCUUUGAUACAUUCCUAUUUAAAAUGUGUGAAAAUUUAAAUAUGUACAUGUACACGAAAUUGGUAUCAAAAAUUGCAUUAUUAUUUACAAUUGAUUUUGUGAUUUUUACAACGUGAUGGGUACAGUGUAACUAACGCUCUCUAUAUAUAAAUAUAUACCACAUACUUUA